ACACAAACACACACGCACAUACAAGUGUACUAUGCAAAUUGACGACGGUGGUGCAUAUCUAAUGCCUGUAUCUAUUAUCAUGUGAUCUAGUAAACUCUCUGAUCAUUUUAGAAAUAAUUGAAUGCAGAAUAUAAAACAGUAAAAUUUUAAUCAUGAGUAUUAUGAAUAAGUGAAUCAUCUAUCUAUCUAUCUAUCUACUCCAACACACACAUAACACACACCAAUAAGACCAUAUAUACACAAACUUGAAUAACUGCUUGAUCACGCUAAAUAUAUAUAUAUAUAUAUAUAUAAAUAAUAACAGCAGAUAAAAAGCUUACUUCUCAUUGAUUUCUUCUUCUUGUUCAUCGUCGGGUGUCGUCGUCAUUAUCAUUCAAAAUGACCGCUGAACCAUUGACUAAAGAACAAUGGGAUGAUUUAUGCAUGAAUUUUCAAUCAUUUAAUGAAUCGAAAAAUAUUGCAUGGGAAGAUAUUAAACAAGCAUUGGAUAUUGUCGGUGUCUCACUGGCUGGUCAUGAAAUUCGUGAUUUGCUAGGACAACCAAGAAAAUGUUUAAAUCCAGCGGAAUUCAAUGAUUUAUACAUGAAAGCUAAAGAUAUGAAAGAUACCACUAAAUCAAUACGUAAAUCUUUACUAUUAAAACAUGCUGAAGAUGUGAAGUCAUUUACUGUUGGCAAAAAUGAUACUGAUACUCGACAUUCCGUGAGUAAAUCAGAAGAAAGAGUUUUCACACUUUGGAUCAAUAAACGUUUGGGUCAUGAUCAUGAAUUACAAGACGGUAUUCUACCAAUCGACCCUGCAGUUGAUGGUCAAUUAUAUCAACGAUGUAAGAAUGGGAUAUUGUUGUGUAAACUUGUCAAUGUGGCCAGUCAAGAUACAAUUGAUGAACGUAGUAUCAAUAGAGGAGCGGCUUUGAAAAAUGUUUUUAAUGUACAUGAAAAUCUUACAUUGGCAGUAAAUUCUGCUGCAUCAAUUGGUUGUUGUGUAGUGAAUACUGGACCGGAAGAUAUUAUGCAAGGCAAACGACAUAUUGUACUUGGAUUAAUUUGGCAAUUAAUACGUCGUGGUGUAGUUGAUACAAUCACAUUGAAUAAACAUAAAGAAUUGAUAGCAUUGUUGCAUGAUGGUGAAACAGCUGAAGAUUUAGCUAGAUUAAAACCUGAAGAAUUAUUAAUGCGUUGGGUGAAUUAUCAUCUGUUACGAGCUGGUUGUGAUAGACGUAUUACAAAUUUGAAUACCGAUUUAGCUGAUUCCGUUGUUUAUUCACAUUUAAUCGAGCAGAUAGCUCCACCAGAUAAACGAUUUAAGUUAAUGUCAGCUAAAGAAAUUUUAAAUUCAACUUGUCGUAAAGAACGAGCAUAUAAUGUAUUGAAUAAUGCAGAAUUGUUGAAUACACCAUUUCUUCCAUCACCGGAAGAUAUCUUUCUAGCUGGUGAUCGAAACAAUGAUAAUCGUGAUCGAUUGAAUUUAGCUUUUCUUGCUACCUUAUUCAAUAUGCAUCCAGGAUUGGAUACAAAAGAUGGUGAUGUAGUCAUAGAAGGUGAAACAUUGGAAGAACGAACCUAUCGUAAUUGGAUUAAUUCACUUGGUGUUAAACCGUAUAUUACACAUUUAUACACUGAUCUUAGUAAUGGAUUAGUUCUGUUACAAUUAAUUGAUAAAAUUCAACCCAACACAGUGGAUUGGUCAUUGGCUGUAACAGAAUUCGAUACAAAACGACGUUUAUUUCAAGAGACUGGAAAUUGUAAUCUUGUGGUUGAUUCCGCACGAUCAAUUAAUAUACGUUUUGUCAAUGUCAGUGGUGAAGAUAUACAAAGACGUGAUCAAAAAUUAAUUUUAGGCGUUUGUUUCACUCUAAUGCAUGCAUAUGUAUUUAAAUUAAUGGUUGAAGUUGCUAAUGGUGCAGAAGUACCACGUGAAGAUAAAGAUAUUCUGGCAUGGGUCAAUAAACAGUUGACUGCAGCCAAGGCUAAAACAAUCACUAGUUUCCGCGAUCCAUCUCUCAGUAAUGGUAUCCCAAUCAUUCAAUUACUUGAACAAAUUAAACCGAAUUCGACAAAUGAAGAAAUUUGGUUAAAAGGAAACAAUGACGAUCUGUCAUUAUGUCAAUAUGCUAUUUCAUGUUGUCGUAAAGCUGGAGCUAGAGUAUUCGCCCUACCGGAACAUCUUAGAGAUUUGAAUGGUAAAAUGAUUCUUACCAUAUUUGCUGCUCUACAAUUCUUAUACUAUAGUUUAAAACAAAAAGCUGAGAAUAAACAUAAUCGUGUGAAAAGUACCGAAUUGAAAUGGUUAAAAUUAAACGAUGAGAAUCAAAGCAACGGCAUAGAAUGAAUGAUACAAUGACAUUGAAUGAAACAUGAAGAAUCAAUUGUGUGACAAACAUUCCGAAUUUAAUUGAGAAUCAUCCGAUGACUAAACCAACCAACUAACUAACUAACUAACUAACUACUGUCAACUCUUCUCUUUAAAAUAAUUCAUUUUAAUAAAUCUCACUGAUAUAUAUUGUUUUAUAAUUCCAUUGUCUAUUGUGCUUCUUCUAUAGAUUAUGUAAAAGUUUUAAACUUCAUUUGAAAAAAAAAAUUUCUCCUGAUGAGAUAGUUUGUGAUGAACUUGAUCACAUUCAGUCAGGCAGGAUGUGUACCACUUAACUUUGUUCUUUUAUCAUCUCAAUUUUAUUGGUUUCAUCUGUGAAUGAAUUGUGUUUUUUUAGAGUGUAUGAGUUGACAAGUUUUUCCGUUGUUUUUGUUUUUCUGGUGAAGGAUUUCAAUUUUCAUGUUUCUUUCUCAUCUGUUUGUGUUAUGUAUGUAUGUAUGUAUGUAUGUGUUUGUUUGUGUACAAUGAAACUGUUUUGGCAAAAGUUAAGCGCCGUUUUAAUUUAAAAAAAAUGGUUUGUAACAGUAAUUUAUACGAAUAGAAUAAAUAAAAGAUUACAGAAAUA